CCCCUACAUCAGUCGCAAGUCAGAAAUCGUCGCGUUUGUUUAACUUACACAGGACCGAUUGUUCCGCGAAUAUUGUUCCCGGUUUUUCCUCGGAAAAUAUUACAAUGACUCGGAGUUUUUUUUCACAUUUAUUUUUUAUUUAAAAAUUAUUUUUUAUACAGUUGUAGUAAUUUUUUUUCUAUAAAAAAAAAUUCGUGAAAAAAUAUUUAUUAAAAAAAAAAAAACGUGCUCAAGUGAAAUCAUUGUGAUGGAAUUUAUUUAAAUGUAUAAAAAGAAAACUUCAAUUCAAGUGCAAUGGAUAAAAAAGUUCAACAAGCAAUUACUUAUCUGCUGCUCUUGAUCGCCGGUGCAACUGGUUUACAGAAUUUAAAAAUAAAUGUCCCACCGAUGGCCCGUUCUGGCGACGCCGUAUCUUUAUCAUGCAUCUAUGAUCUUCAAGGCCCUUUGUACACGAUAAAGUGGUACUUCAAUGACAACGAAUUUUAUCGGUUCGUUCCGAAAGCCUUGCCAACUCAACACAGCUAUCCAGUCAACGGCAUGAAAGUUGAUAUCAAGAAUUCUGAUGAGAACGGUGUCACGCUCAUCAACGUCUCGAGGGAGCUGACGGGGCUCUACAAAUGCGAAGUAUCCGAGGACAUGCCCACGUACCACACGGCCAUGAAGGAGCAGCACAUGCAAGUAGUUGACGUCCCAGACACGGAUCCUGUGAUAUUAGUAGAUAAGUCACGGGUCGAGCCGAACGAGAUUCUGAAGGCGAACUGCACCUCAGGUGCCUCCCAUCCUGCCCCAAACGUCACCUGGACACUCAACGGAGCUUACCUCAACAACGAAACAAUGGAGUUCAAAAUCACCAGCCGAAAGAUCCCCAAGGGCAACAUGAUGAUGACUUGGUCCUCUCUCGAGCUGAAAGCCGCCAGCGGGCUCUUCCGCGACAGCAGACUAGGAUUGAGAUGUUUCGCCAACAUCGACGGAAUUUACACCGCGACUGCGGAGUACGAGAUAACAGAAGACGCACCUCUUCUUGCUCCGAUCACUGGUGAUGCAUCUCCUCAUAGGGGUAAGAACGGAUGCGAGACGACAUUGUCCGGGACACUCGAGGACCGAUGGAUGAGGAUACUCUGGCUGAUCGCCGGCGCACUGGCAUUGUCCAAGCUCAAUAGGUAGCUUUAUUCAUCACCGGACUUAUUCGUCAUCGAUACGCGAUUAACAUCGUCCAUGUAAAACCUAGUAGUCUAGGGCUUCCAGUUAUUAUAUAUAUUUAUUGUAUGUUACAAUAUGAACUAUUUAUGACCUAGAUAGACGACGAAUCAUUUUUAUCCGAGAGUAUAAAUAAUUAUGAUAAUUAUAAUAAAUUAAGUGGUUAAUUAAGAUGUAUAAGUAAUGUUAAAUUAAAUUUAAGCUACACUACACUUGU